CAUUACCUAACGCCGCACAACAACUGCGGUUCCUCGAUGUGAUGAACACCGUCCUGCUAAACUGGGCUUGCUCGCGUAUACCCUGACGCCGGCUCCCAUCUGGGUCCUUUGACUUUGAAAAAAGGUCCGGGAACCCCGGAGGCUAACACAACAAUCCCAGGCGCGGGCACGUCGCGGUGCUUCGGCAGUGUGCGCGCUCCCAGCGCACGGGGUGCAGACUCGGAGCUCGGUGCGCGGCUCGCCAGUUGCGGAAGGACUUCCACGCUCACCCCCCCCCCCCCUCCUCUUCAGCGAUGCCGCGCCCGACCGGGGUCUCUCCUCCCCGAGACGCCUACCUCAGAUGAUCGGCUGUCUGUGGGGGACCGGUCAGCGUGUGUCCGCAGUAGGAUGCGUCGAAAAGCCCAGCGGCGCGCAGCAUAAGGGAGGCAGCGGAGCGCAGCAGCGCGCACAGGCACAGCAAGGCAGCAUCAUGGAGGCUGGAUGUGUGGUUGCCGCGGUGAUUGAGAAUGCUGCCUCAGGACCCCAGGGAGAACCAGGAAGUAGUGACGUCCUUGAGGGUGAUGUGCCACCAUCUACUGACCUGGACAGAGACAAUGCCUUACCUCAAGCUUCUAAUACCAGUCCUCCAGAGGAGAAGCACCUACAGGAGCCUUCCACUGCCAUGGUGAAGAGCGAUGAUAUCAUAGAGCAUCCAGCCGAGCCCCUAUUGCGCUCCUGCGUCAGCACAGCCAGCAUGAAGGUCAAGAACAUGAAGAAGUUAACGUUCCCCAGGGGUCACUUCCCUAGACUGGCAGAGUGUGCUCAUUUCCACUAUGAGACUGUUGAUUUUGGCAACGUUCAGUUGGCCUUCGCAGAGGGGCAAAAUGAUGGACUAAAGCCUGGUCUGGAUUCAAAAGAACUAGUCUUUCUAGUUCAGAUCACUUGUCAGGCUCGAAGCUGGAUGGUGACGAGAUCUUAUGAGGAUUUCCGUGUGUUGGACAAACACUUGCAUCUGUGUAUCUAUGACCGCCGUUACUCCCAGCUCACCGAGCUGCCCCGAUACAACACAUUACUGGACACUUUUGAGUCAGUAACUACAAUGUUGGCAACAUACCUGUCCCGCUUCUCCGCCAUCGCUGACAAUAAGAUCAACUGUGGUCCAGUACUAACAUGGAUGGAGAUCGACAACAAAGGGAAUCAUCUUCUAGUGUCUGAGGAAGCUUCCAUUAAUGUCCCUGCCAUUGCUGCCGCCCACGUGACCAAGCGUUACACGGCUCAGGCCACGGAUGAGCUAACCUUCGAGGUGGGGGACAUUGUGUCGGUCAUUGACAUGCCUCCUAAAGAAGACACUGGCUGGUGGAGAGGGAAACAUGGCUUUCAGGUUGGCUUCUUUCCAUGCGACUGUGUUGAGCUGAUAAAUGAUAAGGUUCCCCCCAGUGUUCAGAACUCGGUGCCAAAGCCAGUGUGCAAGAAGCAUGGAAAGCUCGUAACAUUCCUGAGGUCUUUUAUGAAGUCUCGGCCUCCGCCACAAAAGCUGCGACAGCGCGGCAUCCUCAGAGAGAGAGUGUUCGGCUGUGACCUCGGGGAGCAUCUCCACAACUCAGGACAUGAAGUCCCACAGGUGGUGAAGUGUUGUGCUGAGUUCAUUGAGAAGAACGGGGUCGUGGACGGUAUUUACAGACUCUCAGGGAUCUCCUCCAACAUUCAGAAACUGAGGCACGAGUUUGACUCUGAGCAGAUCCCAGACCUGAGCAGAGACGUCUUCAGGCAGGAUAUCCACUCAGUCGGCUCCCUCUGCAAGCUCUAUUUCAGAGAGCUGCCCAACCCUCUGCUCACUUAUCAGCUCUAUGAAAGAUUCUCAGAGGCGGUGUCUGCAGCUACGGAUGAGGAGAGGCUGGUUAAAAUCCAUAAUGUCAUCCAGCAGCUUCCUCCUCCGCAUUACAGGACUCUUGAAUUCCUCAUGAGGCAUCUCUCCCGUUUGGCUACUUUCAGUCCCAUCACCAAUAUGCACACAAAAAACCUUGCCAUUGUCUGGGCACCAAAUCUCCUCAGGUCCAGACAGAUAGAGUCGGCCUGUUUUAGUGGCACAGCAGCGUUCAUGGAAGUGCGUAUCCAGUCGGUGGUGGUGGAAUUUAUUCUCAACAACACUGAAACCCUCUUCAGUUCCAAACUCAAUGCUGUCAUUAGAGAAAGCGCUGGAAACAACACAUUAUCCAGACCAAAAUCCCUGAUGGUCUGCUCCCCGUCCACAAAGUUGCUGUCUUUAGAGGAGGCCCAGGCUCGUACUCAGGCACAGCUCGGCUCCCCAGCUACAACGCCUUGCCUUACCCAGAGCGACUAUAUCGAGGUUGGUGAAGGACCGGAAGCUCUCCUCGGAAAAUUCCACACAGUCAUCGAGCUCCCGAUGGAAAGCGGCAAACGGCCUCCUAUCAAGGCGAAGAAGUCUCCUGUGGGGAACUGGCUCUCCUUUUUCCACCUGGGCAAGUCCCACUCUGUGUCCAAACGCAAACUGAAGCGACACCCCAGUGAACCUAAUGAGAUAAAGAGCAUAGCACUGCCAGGUGGACGGGGAGAUAGCGGCACACUGCGCUCGACCAAGAGUGAAGAAUCUCUCACUUCAUUACAAAAUUUAGAGGGGCAACCUCCAAGUUACCGUCCCCUCAGACCUCGUUCAACCAGUGAGGCCAUUUCUCUCUUGAGCAGAGAAGAUGUGCACUACUCCAGAAGUAAAGACAGCCAUAGGACACACGGUGCGAAUAAGAGUCAUGAAGAUGUCAGUAGGGUCUGCACCGCAGCAUGUGUUUCCUCUCCACAUCCAGAGGACGAUCUGGACCUCCUCCCCCCGGCUGCUGGAAUGUCUACUCUAGACUUUGACCCCAUGUCUUUUCAGUGCAGCCCAGCGUCGAAUACUCCUGCGCUGCAGCACAGAAAAGACGGAAACAAGUGGAAGAGAAGCAUAGGGUGCUCCAUUGAAUCAGAGCCCGUGUCCUCUCCCAACAAUAACGUCAGAUGCUCACACUCUCCAGAUGUUAGCCCAGUUGUGGGGAAAGGUGGGAGGAAGAUGACCUCUAAGCAGCUCUCCCCUAAGCUAAGGAAAAAAUCUGUGAAAUCGCACGCAGAUGUUCAGAGCGUCUCCGCCGCUACGCCAGCUGUGCCAUUUUCAUCCCCCCAAGUGGAUAAGUAUGAAGCUUCGGCGGCAGAUGGGAAAGAACCCAGAGCGUCCUUUCAGCACUGCAGCCCUCUCAGCACGGCAAGCCAAGCAUCGGCCAUUACAGAACUCAGCCAGUCUGCGCAGAACCUGCCCGAUCCAGGAACAGAUAGACUUAUGAGCUCAGUGUCUGUUCUCCCUCCUCACCCUCCCUUGACGAGUGCCGCGCGGAAGUUGGCUUUGGCUCUGGCUGAAUCUGCCCAGAAGGCGAGCAGUGUCUCUCAGAGAAGGAGCAACGCCCCGCUGCACCCUCUCCAGAGACAGGAAGCAGCUCAUCAUCACGACAGACUGCAACGGCCCUCUGCUCUUGAUCUCAAAGUGCACCAACAGGAGAUCUGUGGCUCUCACAUUUCCUCUGCCUCUCAGUGGCACUCAGCCUCAGUUCAAAGCCCCUCGGAGGCCCACUGCUGCCCAAAUCCAGCUCAUUUUCUACCCGCGCACCUUUGCCCAGAGUUGCUACAAGCUACCGACGGUCAGGAAAGUGUGUGCAAUUUUACUCCUAACGUCAGCCCGCUCGGGUCCGGCAGCUUGGAGGAAGGCAGUGCGGAGAGGAGGGACCCCAGAGAGGAAAAAAGGCCCGGGGAUGUCUCACGAGAGGAGCACACUUAUCAGAGUGUCGGAGUUUCAACGCCAUCUCAGCCUAUGUGCUCCGCUCAGAGCCCGUCCACUUCUCCUGUGUACGCCAACACAGACUCUGUGGAUGUUUUUAAUUUCCGUGCUGUUCUUGCUGAAUCCUCUAUGCCCGCCUCCCUUGAGGAGGUUUUUCCUCGUCCAUUACAGACCUCUUUGGCCCAUAACUACAGCCCAGAAGAGGACAGAGCUCCUGGCAUGGUAGAGAAUGUCUACAGUAAUCACUAUCAUCAUCAUCGGUCAGUUAAUGAAGGGCGAAUGCCCGCGUCUCACGGCCUGCGGCCCAGUGCUCUGCCACUCCACCUCUCUGGACCUAAAGGCUUGUACAGGCAGUCCUCUGAGAGCCGCUGCAGCUCUCUAGGAUUACGGCAGCCUUUGUCACCUCAGUACAGACGUUACCACAAAGAUGAGCACCUUGUCAGUCGCCUUCACAGGCAGCAAGGGCCGUGGGAGAGGUCCGAAGAUAGAGUAGGUGGGCAUCCAGCGAUCCGGAGGGCUCGGUCCUUCCACGCCCCUCAAAUUAGCCACUACGAGUUGGCCGUGCAGCCCCCUGACGCCAUGUUUUAUUUAGAGCAAAAAACAAGGCAGCGGGCGCCGUAUCAGAGGCUGAUUCAAACGGGUAUCCACCCUGUACGGCAGCAGUUUGAGAACACGCGUGCCGAAUACAACUACAGCCCUUAUUCAGAUAUGAAUCCAGCCGAUAGCCCCCAUUAUUUUAUAGAUCCCUGCCAGCAGAGUGGCAUCCAUCAUAGUCAGUCUUAUAGCAUCCGUUCAACGAGAGAAAGCGGGCAAUCAGAUUACUACAACUGCUCUCCACAUCGCGUCCCUCCUGUGAACAGAGAGCUUUAUGUAGAGAGCCGAGACACUGUUGUGUUCGAAGCUAGGGAUGCAGGAGUUUUUGAAAGAGUCGUUUAUCAACCAGUCAAACGGGAAAAUAAAUCCAGGCAUAAAAACACAUAUCAGGCUGUGUCUCCCUGCGAGAGUCCGGUCUCACCGGAAGACUCGAGAAGCAGGGACAUUGUGCAUACGAGAAGCAAGUCAGACCCCGGAAAUGCCAAUCUCCUCUCAGCCGACAAGACGGAAAGCCCAAAUCCUGGAGCUACGUCCCCAGCUUCUGGGAGGUCCCAACAAACUGACCUUGAAGUCACCAGGCUGCACAGUGGACAGCGCUCUGGAGCAGAGAUGGCGCCACAUCGGAGGAUUAAGAUCAAAGAUGACACCUCACAGCAGCCACGGCUUCGGAAAGUCCCCUCCCUCCCAGAACAAGGCUGUCCAAAUUUUAAGAAUAUCGAGCACAAUGACAGGAGCCAUAGGCAGGGAUGCUACCAGGAUCGAUUAAUGAUGGCCAAUGCUGUAAACAGCUAUUCUGGUAUGGUGAAACCCGGCAUCCUAAGGAGACCUGGGCGGUCACAAAGCACCAGAGAGCACCGUCACUACUAUCAUUAUAACACCAAAUCCCCUCCAGAUCCAGAACAUCUGGAAUCCUUUUCCACUCAGCCAAACAGAAGAACUCAGAGCACUAAAGUCAGGCCUACACAAUAUGACCACAUGGAGGGGUAUUACGCAGCGCCCAGGCCUAAACCCACAAGAUCCAGUAAAGCUGUGGCAGGAUAUUUACCUGGCCAGAGCUGCAUGUCCCCCCGCGGUCAGAGAGUGUUGUCCAAGGCUUUGGGCCAUGAGGCUUUUUAUCACGCUGCACUGAGAUCAGAGGCUGGGGUCUACGACUGAUUCAGCCUCCACGUUUUAUCUGAUUCCACAUGGGGCCAAAGGAGAACUGCACUUUAUCCUCAGCCAGAUCGACAGACUGUCGCGUUGAUAAUGUGUUUGUUUUAACCUUCAGGAGCUGCUACAAAAAGUGUGAAUGAGGCUGUAGCUGGGGCCAUGCUGUCGUUUGUUGCAGCGGCUUCCAGGGAAGUUAAAAAGGGACAAAUCAGUUGUAUUCAGAUAUAGUCCUUAACUUUAAAGAACUGUAACUGUAAUCGUAAGAUGCAUGUUUGAGGACAAAGACUUCUGGUGUGUUUAACUUAAUGUCUAAACUACAUAAUUUGGGAGACAAGGUAAAUUAACUUAUUUUGUUUUUAAAGUUUAGGGACGUGUGUAAGAUAACAUAAGUUUUAAAUGUAUUAUAUUUGUACAAAUAACAAGUAACAUGUGGCCAAUGUACUGUAUAUUUUGUUUUCUAUCUUAGUCUGCUCAGACUUCAACAAGCACUUUUGAGGAUAACUGUGUAUGAAACACAUUGUCUUAACGUGGUGUACAUGGAGCCUAUUGAUAUACAGCUUAUAUAUUUUCCUGUAAGAAACAGCUUGCUCUGAAUCAUUGUCUAAUGCUAAAAUAGCACUUUUUCACAUUUUCUUUAUCAUGCAUUGUGAAAUGCAAACAUGAAUAACAAUGAGUGCUAUGAUUUCUGUUAUGGUCAAAGCUACCAUGGCAAAUUAUGCUAAAUUUUAAGGCUAAUCAGCUCAUGCAGUUAGGUAUAAAAAGUGUAUUUUGUAUGACAUUGUGGUUUUUGUCACAGAACUUUAUUUCCUCUUUAUAGGGAACUUUUACCAAUUUGGUGUUUUACAUGAGAUAUGAUGUUUUAUUCAUUAAAGACGCUAUUUCAGAUUCGACAUGUAGAUGAGGAUGUUCGGUUAAGACAUGUUAUGAGUUAUUUUAGUGAAAUAAAGAUAUAUUAUCAACUAAA